AUGUGCCGGCGUUCGGCUAAGCCGUCAGCCUCGCCAUCCCUCACGCUUUCCCUUCUUCUUGACAACCAUCCGGCUUUUAUGCAACGGCACAGCUUGAGGCCAGGCUCAUGCGUGAAAGAUGGGUCGAAGCACCUGGAGGGCUCAAAGCUGCCGGACUUGUCUGAUGCGCAAGCUCAAGGUGCGAUGAAUUUUGUUGAUCAGCCGAAUCAAUUGGUGCUGAUGCCUUACUUUCCGGGCGCACUAGUGCGACAAGACCCGGCCAGCUUGAGUCGCGCUCCUUUAUGGGACACCACCAUUGUUGGAUUGAACAAUCGAUCCUUGAUAGUGGCCCAGAACCAGGAGCAGUUGGUCUCGAUCUUCCUGCGCGACUACUUACCCGCAGAGGCUCCAGACCCGAAGGACCAGUCGCCUAUUCACUGGGUAAAACUAUUUCCUUCCUUCAGUCAGUCCGUGUUGCCAGUCGUCAGGACAGCCCUCACUGCAUUGACACUUGCACAUGUGGCCUCCUUGCGAAAAGAUCACAACCUGGCACAAUACAGCAGACACCAUUACGUGCAAGCGAUACAGCAAAUAUGUACACUAACAGAUAUAGACUACGUCUCUGAUCUCGUCCGCUCUGCCAUGAUCCUUGCACUCUACGAGGUCUGUGCACAAUCGUCAGGACAGGAAGAUGCAUGGAGUGUCCACGUCCAGGCAGCCGGCAAGUUAGCUAGUGAAUCCAACUUUGCAACGGAGUUGCUCAACACGCAGGAUCUGCGCCGACUCCGUACUAUUGAGCCUUCUUUGUCCUUACUCUCGCAUAUCGAACCGUCAACCAAUAGAUUCGACAUACUUCUUGAUAUGCUGUACAAGUUAGGCCAAUUACACAGGCACACCCAAAAUGAGCUUCAUCGCAAUAAGACCACAUGCGACUCUGCGAUACACUUGAUGAAAGUGUUAAUCGGCCUCGAGCAAAAUCUCUUGAGUUGGUAUCACGAGUGGCAGUCGGAAUGUCGCCACCCUAUGUUUAUGAUCGUGCCGCCCACAGCGGGGCCCAUGCCUACACCGUGUGGCAAACCGGAAGAGAGAAUGGUUAUACCCAAUACUGAUGAUAUACCGCCGUUAUUAUUUUACUGGUUGGGAUUGACAAUAAUUUAUGCUACGAUAGCCAAGGUAAUGCGAGGAAUGCCUGAUUCUCAGUAUAUACCCGCGACGAUGUUGGAGCGACGUCUGGCGAAGGCUACCGGUCUCUGCCAUCGCUUCGUUGACCGCAUAUCACAGUGCCAGGUCGGAUGCGCAGGCAAGGGGCUGGGGACUACUAUACUGGCAGCGGCAGUACUUCAAGCAGCACAGAAAAUACAUUCACGAGUGUAACAGAAGCUUCCUUCACUUACGA